AUGAAGUCCAAAAAGCUGUCUUCUGCAAAGAAGCGUAAGCUCAACGAGGGGUCAAGCCACCAGACUAAGAGCCCGGAGCCAGAUUCCAAAAGCGAUUCUGUUAUUGAUCUCGGAGUCAACUUACUCAACGAGUACCUUGAAUUCGUCAAGAUUCCACCUGGCGACAGUGAUGGAAUCUUGCACAUUCUCACUGAGAACAAAGCAACCAAUCCCCAACUUUUCCAAUCCAAGAACAUCACCCGAGAAGUGAUGAAAGAAUGGGGCUUACAUGAUGUUUUCAUUGCCCAAUUACAAGACAAUGUGUUAAAAUUUGAAAAACAAACGUCUUCAAACUAG